UAAUGCAGGGCUGAUAAGGCACGCGUCAAAAGUCGUCUGCGGUAUUGAACAGCCUGCCAGAAGUCCUCGGGCGGUGCUGAGAGGGGUGAACAUGUGGCUGCGAGCGAGCGCCCGUGGCCUGGCCUACAGCAGCCGCGCCGGGCUGGAGCCACAGCAGCGAGCCGCGGGCGGUCGGAGGCCGGCGGCGUACCGCAGCGAACUGGCGGCCGCGCGACGUGUGGUGGUCAAGCUCGGCACUGCGGUGCUGACGCGCGAGGACGAGUGCGGCCUGGCGCUGGGUCGGCUCGCCUCCAUCGUGGAGCAGGUGUCGCAGCUCCACAACGAGGGCCGCGAGAUGCUCGUGGUGACCAGCGGCGCCGUGGCGUUCGGCAAGCUGCGGCUCAACCGCGAGAUUCGCAUGUCCAUGUCUAUGCGCGAGACGCUGGCUCAGCGUGGCGAGAGGAGCUCGAGGCUAGCCGCCGAGGAGGCGCAAAACCCCAAGAAGCGGGCCGCAGCUGCUGUAGGUCAGAGCGGGCUGAUGGCUCUCUACGACGCCAUGUUCAACCAGUACGGAGUCAACAUCGCCCAAGUGCUAGUCACUCGGCCAGACUUCUACAACCCGGAAAGCAGGCACUGGCUGCGCAAGACGUUGCUGGAGCUCAUCAGCCUUAACAUCAUACCCAUCAUCAACACCAACGACGCUGUGUCCUCGCCGCAGCUCGAGGAUCUGGCACAUAGCGACGAAGUGGGCCUGACCGACAACGACAGCCUUGCGGCCCACCUGGCCGUCCAGGCAGAUGCCGACCUCCUGCUCAUGAUGUCCGACGUGGAAGGAAUCUUCACACACCCUCCAAACCAGGACGGUGCAAAACUUCUACACACUUACAACCCUUCAUUCAACGGGACCAUCAAGUUCGGGUCCAAAUCUAAGGCAGGCCUCGGAGGCAUGGAGUCCAAAAUCAAGGCAGCUUCGUGGGCGCUCGAGCGCGGCGUGUCAGUGGUUAUUGGCAGUGGCUUCGAGGAAAUGGCCAUCACGCGCAUCGUGCAAGGCAAGCGCGUGGGCACUUUCUUCACCGAGCACCGCUCCAAGAUGAUCCCCCUCGAGUCGCUGGCCGCCGACGCACGAAAGGCCAGCCGCACACUGGAGUCCUUGACAGCGGCGCAGCGCUCAGAGGCAGUGAUGGCCAUGGCUGGUGUUCUGGAAGAACGCGCGUCAGUCGUAAUGGAAGCCAACCAGCGCGACUUAACCGCAGCGCGGGAGCAGGGCCUCAGUGCACCUAUGCUGGCGCGCCUCGCCCUGACGCCAGCCAAGCUGUCUUCGUUGGCUGACGGACUGCGCACUAUCGCACACAUGUCUCCUAAUGUGCUGGGCCGCGUCGUGCGCAGGACGCGCCUGGCUGAAGGCAUGGAGCUGAGCCAGGUGACGGUGCCCAUCGGCGUUGUGCUCGUCAUUUUUGAGGCUCGCCCGGAUUGCUUGCCGCAGUUGGCCGCACUUGCGGUGGCAACAGCCAACGGACUUUUGCUCAAAGGUGGUCGUGAAGCCGCUCAUACGAACCGCUGUCUCUGGGAGCUCCUGCAGGAGUGUUUGAAGCCGUACGGCGUUGCCGACGCUCUCGCCCUUGUCAGCACGCGUGAAGACGUAGACGAACUGCUUCAGCUCGAGGGGUACAUCGACAUGGUUAUACCCAGGGGCUCAAACCAGUUGGUGCGCGAAAUUCAGCAUAAAAGCCGUGGCAUUCCCGUUCUAGGUCACAGCGACGGCAUCUGUCACGUGUACGUGGACCGAGAAGCGGACCCGCGAAAGGCCAUGCGUAUUGUGGUGGACUCUAAGUGCGACUACCCGGCAGCCUGCAACGCCAUGGAAACCUUGUUGGUGCACCGUGACCACGUGGACGGCGGCUUGCUCUCGGAGUUGUGCUCUUCGCUCAAGACGCGUGGUGUGAGCAUAUACUCGGGCCCUCGCUUAGCGCAACUGCUCACCUUUGGACCACCGCCGGCCCCCUCCAUGCGCAUCGAAUACAGCGGGCUCGAGUGUGCCGUCGAGGUGGUCGACUCUCUCGAAGAGGCUCUCGAGCACAUCAACACGCAUGGCAGCUCUCACACAGACGCAAUCGUCACGGAGAACAAGGAUACAGCAGAGCGGUUUCUUCAGGGAGCAGACAGUGCCUGUGUCUUCCACAACUGCAGCACGCGGUUCGCUGACGGCUAUCGCUUUGGGCUAGGUGCCGAGGUGGGCAUCAGCACGGGUCGAAUCCAUGCCAGGGGACCCGUGGGCAUGGAGGGACUGCUCACCACCAAGUGGUUGCUCAGGGCGAACGGGAACGUGGUCCAGGACUUCGGAGACUCGGGCUCCUCGAUUUACUUGCACGAGCAGCUUCCCACGUCCUGAUCCCACUGCCGUCCCUGCCACAUCCUAUACUGUACAACUGUACAUACUCGUCUCGUGGGCCUCGUGCAUUGCAGAUAAAUCGCACGUAACCUCUUCACA